AUGCAGCCCUCCGUCUCACCCUCACUUUCCCCGCCUUCUCUGCGGAGGGAGGGCCCCCCCGUUGGGGGCCCCCCUGGGGCCCCUGGGGAUACCCUACAGGGGGGGCCCCCUGGGGGGCCCCCCUAUACCGAGGGUUCUUCUGUGGGGGGCCCCCCUGUGAGGGGCCCCUACAUGGGGGGCCCCCCUGUGCGGGGCCCCUCCUUAGGGGGCCCCCCUGUGGGGGGCCCCUCCUUAAGGGGCCCCCCUUUUGGGGGUUUGCCCCGUUUGUUAUUGUGUAAUGGGGUCGCCCUUGGGUGUUUAAGGUUUAGAAGGGGCCCCCUGUUGAUGACUUUACGCGAUUCUUUUUAUGUGGCUGUAAGGACAGUGAAGGGGGGGAAGAGGCUCUUAGGGUUAGAGAGGAAUAUACACCGUCUUGCUGCCUCUGCUGCUGCUGCUGCUGCUCGAAGAGAAGCCGCGCUGCUGCAGCAAGGGGGCCCCCAGCAACCGGGGGCCCCCAUCGACAAUGGGGGGCCCCUACACCGCAGUGCUGCUGCUGAUUUUAAUGAGUGCUUCCGCCAUACACUCAAAAGAGACAUCACCCUUCUGCUGCGCCUCUUUAAGUUCCUUGCUGCACCCCCAGCAGCAGCAGCAGCAGCAGCAGCAGCAGAUGCAGCAAUGCUUCCAGAGGGGACAGAGGUUGCACUUACCCUUAUCCUCACCCCACUGGGGCUGCCUCAACUGGUAGAAGCCCUGGCGCUCCCUACGCUCCCCCCGGGGGCCCUUGCGGCCUCCUCCUCCUCCUCAGCAGCAGCAGCAGCAGCAGAUGCAGCAGCAGAUGCAGCAGCAGCAGAGGGGGGCAAUUGCUCCUCUGCAGCGAAAGGAGACAACAGCAGCUUUGCAAACCUCAAACUUAUGAUGCUGGCGGAGCCCCUAGUCCCCUCAUCGGCAGUCUGCUGCUCCCUUCCACCUCAGCAGCAGCAGCAGCAGGGGCAGCAGCAGCAGCAGCAGCAGCAGCAGCAGCUAGUAAGUGUUGGAGACUCAGACGGCUCACCAGGGACCCAAAAGGAAGAAGCCAGCAGCAAAAACAGCAACAGCAGCAGCAGCAGCAGCAACAGCAGCAGCAGCAGCAGCAGCAGCACUGUUCGUUGGUGCAACGUGCUGCUGCUGCCUCACGGGGGGCGGCAGCAGCCACACGAGAAGAGCACGGAUUGGGUAUUAGAGAGGCAGCAGCUGCUGCAGGAGGCGCAGCAGCAAGCAGCAAAAAGAGGUGUCCCCAUUGAGGAGGUCCUUCUUGACAGAGAUGGCAGUCUCCUUGAAGGGUGCAGCAGCAAUUUUUUUGUAUAUUCUCGUGCACGGGGCUGCGUACUGACGGCUCCGGUGUCUCUGUGUCUCCCUGGAGUUACGCGAGAGCUUUCAUUGAGUGUAUUUGCUGCUUUAAAUUUAGAGACAGUCUUCGAGGCCCCGCGCUGGAGACAGAGAAAAGAUGAAGAUUGGGCCGCGGCGUGGAUUUCCUCCGCCAGCAGAUUGCUGCUACCCGUCAGGACCCUCAUCAAACCCAAAUCACCUCUGCAGCAGCAGCAGCAGCAGCAGCAAGAGCAGCAGCAACAGCAGCAGCAGCAGGUAGAGCAGCAGAAGCAGGAGGUGAAACAGCAACAGCAACACCUGGAGCGGCAACAGCACCAGCUGGAGCAACAGCAGCAGAACCAGCUGGAGCAGCAGCAGCAGCAGCAGCAGCAGCAGCAACAGCAGCAGAAGGCUGCUUGGAUUGCCGUUGAUUCCCCAGUGGGUGAGGAGGUACGAGUUUAUUUGCUGCACCCAGACGACACUCCACCUCAGCACAAGCCCUCGCAACAACAACAGCAGCAGCAGCAGCAGCAGCAGCAGCAGCAGCAGCAGCAGCAGCAGCAAGAAGGGGAGAGCUUUGCUGCUGACUUUGAGGAGAUAGAAUUUGAUGUGGGUCCAGACUCCCUCGCAGCGCGAGCAGCGCAGUUAACAAAAGAAAUGGCAGAGGCAGAAGCAGAAAUCAUCUUCCCCUGA